AACAUGUUUUAGCACGUUUUGGCAUUUUACAAAUAAUAAACAACAAUAAACAAAACUGUUUUAAUAAUAAAAAUAUAAAAACAUUGAUUUUAAAAUAAAGUUCAGUUUAUCAAAGAUUUACUGAGACUUACUGUUUAUAGUUUAUUGUGUAAAUAACAUUUGUAUCAAUAUUAUAAUUUUAAAGUGAAAAAAAAACAAAAAUGCCUCUUAAAUUUGUAUACAGUCGACAAGGCAACAUUGAAUUGUUUAACAACAAUUAUAUUUAUUCAUUAAUUAAAUCAACGUUAGGAAAAAGUUAUAUUUCUUGGAAAUGUAUUAAAUGCAAUAUUACUGUUCAAACAACAUCAACUGAACCUUCAGGUAAUAUUAUUGGUGAUGAAAAUCCAAAACAUCCAACUCAUAAACCUUGCUUAAAAGACAUAAAAAAACACCACGGAUUUGCAGCAAUAUUUCGCAUGAAAAAUAAAAAUAAAAAUAAAUUACUUGGUAAUACAACUAAAAUGGUAUAUGAUGACCAACAAAAUAACGAUACAAUGUCUGAUAUUUCUGAUGCAAGUAUAUCAUCAAAUUCACAAAUAAAAACAUUCUCUUGUGAGACAAUAGUUGGUAAAUUAUUGGAAUUAAAUUUUGAAUGGAAAAUUGGUAAUUUUUUUGAUUAUUGGAAAACAUGUCAGUCAGGUGAAGUUUUGGAGUCAUCAAGAUUUUCUCUACUAAAUGAUAAAAGUGACAAAUGGUAUUUUAAAUUAUUUCCAAGAGGAAAUAAUGAUAAUCCUGGACAUGUACUAUUGUAUAUUAAUUUGACAAAUGAAUCAAUAAUGAAUUUACCUAGUGAUUUUUUAUCUGGUACAAUAUACAUGACAAUAACAGUUGGUGAAUAUGAAAAGAAACCAAUAAAAAAAAUGUACAUUCAUCAAUGCUCAGAAAAUAAUUAUCAAUGUAUUUUUAAUUUAUCAUUAAUUGGAUUUGAAAAUAUAUUAAAACAAUCAUGCCCAAGUGAAACAUUGUAUAUAUUUGUUGAAAUAAAAGCAAGAGCAUGUGUACAUCAAGUAUAUGAAGAAAAAUUUGAAAGUUUCAAAUGGGGCACAGAUAAUACUAAAAAUUAUUAUGAUAUUGUUUUUAAUAUUGCUGGUCAAGAAUUUCAUGCAAAUAAAUAUAAAUUGGAAGAAUCAAGUACAGUUUUUUGUAAUAUAUUUGAACAACAAUUGACUGAUGAUAAUGUUGAUAAUAUUGUUACAAUAACAGAUGUACAACCAAAAGUAUUUGGACAAUUAUUAGAAUUUAUUCAAACUAAUGAUAUUUCAAUUGUACAAACAAUGCCUGAAGAUUUAUUAUUUGCUGCUAAUAAAUUUAAACUUGAUGGUUUAAAAAAAAUAUGUGAAGAUGCUAUUAUUCGUAAAAUUUCAUCUGCUGAUGCACCAAAAAUGUUUGUUAUGGCGCAUAAAAUUGAUGAUUUAGUAAUUAAAAAAGAACCAAUUGAUUUGUUUCAAGUUUAAACUAUUUAUCCA